UUGGUGGUAAAUGAAGCUCGCUUGGCCUUGUCGCACGCCAGUCUGCCUCUGACAUUUGCACGUCGCGCUUGAUCGUUCCGCCUGCUUCGCCGCCUCCGACUUCUGUGAUAUUUCUUUCUUAACUGGCCGAAAGAGCAAGAGCAAGAGUGCCAAAAAUACAAAGCCGCUUACAAUAUCACAAAAUUACAUUUUUGUCGAGCGAACUUGAGCUGUGAUUUAUCAAACGCAAUGAAAACGCUCUCAUCCUUUCUUUCUCCCACACUCAGCCUUGUCCUGCUGCUGGUCUCCAUACACUCGUCCUGGGCAGCUCCUGCUCUGCGCUUCAGCGACAAUGAGCUGGAUGAGCUGGAGGCAUAUCCCACAACGCCCAGUCAAGUACUGCCCAUCCAGCCGCUGCUCAUCUAUCCGCAGCAACGGGAAAAUCUAUACCAGGCACGCACCCUGGGGGGCAACGAUGACAGGGACAUCAUUUUCGUGAAGCUGCUGCAGGACAAGUCCAGCGGCUACCGGCCCAAGCAGCAGCGCCUCGUUAUGGAGGAGGAGAAGCCCUCCCAACGCAAGGAGCUGGACCUGAAGGACUUCUUCUACGUGAAGGCCCGGACCAACGGGCGCUUCAGUCACGAGCGCCUGAAGGUCUACAGAGUGCCCGAGUUCUACGCCAUCAGUGUGUUCCGCAACGGAGAUACGUAAGGAGCGAGAAUGCGCUGCAACUUAACGAUGCACAGAAGUAAUUUAAGUUAUUUUUAAGAAGCUAUAAAUAAAUACCAUACCUCAG